CUCCCAAACCCCGCGAUUACCCCUCUUCCAUCCCAGACAUCGUGGUAUGCCGUCCCCCUCAUCUCAGUCGCGCUCUCGUGGUCCAAGACCAUAGCCAGCCUGGUCUUCACAGGGGCUCGGUCUUCUCUAGUACCUCCUUGGCCUGCCACCAGCUAUCCUUAAGCCACUUAUCAUAUAAGCCGCCUAGGCAAAGGGCCUUAAUAAACUUCCUCUCCCUCUGGCUUAGAUUUACCCCUAUAAGUAACUUCCCUUCUAGCUUAUUAAGCUAUAUAAGCAGGAGGAUCUUAUAACUAAAGACUACUAGCUUAAUAUAGCUAGUAUUAUCCUUAUAAUCCUAGGCAUCUUUGAUUUCUAUAGCCUUUAUAUAAAAGAUAUUGCCCUUGCCCUUCUUAUCUUAUGUGUCUGCAGGCUUCUUCUAAGCAUCGUUAUGGUGCAGCUGUGAUGCUGUUAGCAGUUGCGAUCAGAAGGGGAAGUCGGAUCGGAUCACUUACUGUGGAUGAUUCAAGCGUGGUAUCUGCAGGGGUCGGCGAAAGACCUUUGAAGUGGGUUGCAGGAAGAAGAUUAGGGCCAGCUGAAGAGCAAGGCUCUCUAGCUAGGUUAUAUGCAGCUAGGUUUAGGCUGUAAUUAAGGCAGCUAAUUAUAAUAAUAUUAACUUAAUAAAGCUUUGCCUAUUAAGGGG